AUGGCUCAAAACGAAGGCUCAAACCUCGGCUCAAACGAAGGUGAGUCAAUAUGAUUUUUAAUAAACAGCUUGUUCACCCGCUGUGCCGACUUAAUAAAGCUUUAUAUAAGUUUUCAACACGGAUGCACUUGACCUAUACUUGACCUUUUUUACAUUUUCCUUUGUGUUGACUUCCUUUGUGUGUUUAUAUUAAGUCAUUAGUUUUGCUCUAAUGCUCCCGGAACAAAGAAAUAGGCUACGUCUCGCUACCAUACGGUCAAGCUACAUACGACUCGUAUUACUACAAUAUAAAGCCAUUGAAUGCCGACUAAAAACGCUUUGACAACACAUGUUAUCCAAAUAUUUCCAAUCUGUCAAGUAGAAAGCGCAUUCGGGUACAUACUACAGUAUAUUGGUAUAGUGUAGAUCACAACUUGUGAGUAUAUAAAUCUUAAACAUCAAGGAUUAUACGACAAAACUGCAUGUUUUGAACAUUUUACCAAUGUUCAGUGUCACACAUUUGUAUACAAUUUUUUAAUUGAGCACAUUUUUAAAUACAGUUUAAAUUUGGUUUAUAUGUAUACAUCGAAUAUGAUCAACGAACAUUGAUGUAUUUCAUCCUUUACUUGUCAAUUGUAACCCCCUCCCAACCUUGAGGAAAGGUGGGGGCAUAUAUUUUAAUAUAUCCAUAUUUAACUGUUACCUGACCCCCUGAGGCAGCCCAACCCAUAGGGACAAAAUUUUUAAAAAAAUCCAAAAAUUUUAUUGAACAAAAUCUAUAACUUUAUAUAAAAAUGGCACUAACCUGGCUUGUAAUAUUUAGGUCAGGCUCAACAGGACAAUCCUGUGAGCAGGCUGUAUACAAUGGCCCCACAUAAACAGUUAGUUACGCCUGACCUAAUGGGGGAUUUGUGGGGCAUAAUGUGGCCCAUAUUAUGCCUUGCAUACCAGGGUUGGGGGUCCAUAACAGGAAAAUCCCCCCAUUAGCCAUUAGGUAAGGUGUAACUGUGUAAGUGUCAAAAUAGAAAAAAUGCCACAUUGCCUCAUGUCCCCACCUUUUCCCAAGGUUUGGGGGUGGGGGUUACAAUUGACAAGUGGAAAAGAGUGUCUGUGUACAUGGGACACUUUAUUAAAUGAAUUAAUUCCCAUUUUAGAAAUUAGGGCAAACAAAGGAGAUGGAAAAAGAAGUCUAUGUUUUACUCCUAGCCCAAAUUCAAAAAGGCCACCUGAUAAGAGAGCAAAGAACUUAAACUAUGAUGAAGGUAUAUAUUGAUAAUUGUUUUUGACCAAUUACUAUUAUUUCUAGGUUGGAUAAUGAAACAGUUAUAUAACAACAUACAUAAUUAUUAUAUAAAUUAUAUUAUAUAGAUAUACGUCAAUCUUUAGCAUCAAAUUUUGCAUAUGAAGAAGGCUGUGUCACUGGAGUUGAUGAUAUCCUAGAUAUUGUACAAAGUGACCUUGGAAGGCCAAUACGUCGUGUAGACCUGUAUAAAGCAAUCAGUGCACUGUUUGGAGAGAAAACUGAAAAGAAAUAUAGAAAAACAGCUGGCAGUCAAUGUGAUGGCAAAGAUAAUAGGAAGAAAAUGUAUCCUUUCCUAUAAUUCCCAAAUGUCAUUUAAUGUCAUUAAGCUUAAUUUCCCACUGACAAAAUGUAUAUUUACUAUAUUAUUAUACAGAGUAAGAAUCAUAAGUGUUACCUUGGGCUCAUUGCAGUUUAAUUGAAUAAUCCACUACUAUACUUUAAAGUAUAUUAUUUUAUAAUAGUCAUAUUUUCUUAACAGCCAUAAUCAGCCUUACUUAUUCAAAUAUAAGGAAUAUCCAAGAAUCUGAAUUAAUGCAACAGCAGCAACAAGAACAGGAAAGUUUUACGAACAUAGAAGAUGUUCUUAAUUUACAUGCUGUAACUGACAGUGCAUUGCGUAAUGAUCUCCAGAGGUGCAUUGAUAAUGCAAUAAGACACAUUUCUUCUGAAAAUACUGUACUUAAACAUGAGCUGCAUGAAACAAAGGAACAAGUGAAACAGAUGCAAGAAACCCUUGAUCAAUUGGAAGCCUCUGAUUAUGAAAGGUCACAUGCCAUUUGCUCUGCCCUUGGCAAUAUUACUUCAAUGGGCACUGAUUAUCAGUUGACAAAAAUCCAGAAAGAAAAAAUAAAAGAAGAAAUGAAAACUGUUGAUAGCAUGCACAAUUUGGGUUUGAAAAACAUUGAAGAAACAGAUGAUAUUAGCACAAUUGUAAAUGAGCUUUUUUUUGACCAUGUGGCAGAUACUGUUGAAAAACAAUGCCCUUUGCUGACCCAAGUAAUAAAACUUUUGUGUCUUGGAAGACAACCAGGAACAAAUACAGGGAAAAAGACUGAUAAAUUCAAAUUUAAAUCUGCUCUACAUAUUUUAAAUGCCAUUGGAGAGAUUCGUUCCCAGAGAACAACUAAUGACUUUGCACUGAUGUUUGGUUUACUACUUAUCAGUUAUGGUUGUGGAAAAUCAGUCUUGGAUGCAGUUUACUCAAUUGGCUUAUGCAAGAGCUAUGAUUUUUAGUAAGUAUAUUUAAUGUAUAUUUAUUUAUAACCAUUGAUUUAAAAUUUGAAUGCCCACUUAUAUUCUUUGUCAAUUUGGUUAGGUGCAUGGUUGCAGCUGGUGCUUGAAAACAAGCUGCUACAGAUAUAUCGAAUAUAUAUAAUGUUUAUUCCAAACUUCUUGAAUACCUCAAUGACAAAGCUAUGUAUAGCAACUGCAUGGUCAUACUAUGCAAAUUCUCAUUGCAUUACCCACAUCUUGAUUAAUACUAAUGGCUCAUAAGAUUAUAGACAAAUUAAGUUAUUAAAUUAAAUUAUAAUUACAUGUUGGGUACCGGACAAUUCCCAUAACUUAUUAAAUUUAUUAAAAUUACAAAGUUACCAUUUUAGCCUUGAUAGUGGUAAAUUUUUCUGUGCAUAAUACAAUAAAUAAAUACACAAAAUUUGCGAUAUUCGCUGGCCUAUAUUUAAUUUUUUAAUUUUUUACAACAUUUUGCCAGCAAACUUUGCAAUUUUUACUAAUUCUAACGUCAGUGACGUGCUGGCAGGGGGGGCCGGGGCGCAAAAAUGAAAAGGGGGCACCGAUCCCGCAUCGAGUUUUUAAAGUGGGUGGGAAAAAUCGCAUUUGAAAAAAUAUAGUUACUUCCGCCGACUGAAAAGAUGUGUUUAUAUAGGCAGUGGCGGAAAGUUUAUAGGCAGCUCUCCUAAAUUUCCGACAAAAUUUCCGACAUACCCCCCCCCCCCAUUUGCACUCUAAAAGACUGUUUUUAGCCCUCUUUUAGGUCAAAAUUUCCGAAAAUUCGUCAAUUUUCCGUGAAGGUGGGGGGGCCGCCCCACCAAGAUUUCCGCCACUGUUUAUAGGCUUAUAAAUAGACUAAGCGCAUAGGCGACAAAGUGAUAUAUUAAAUUAUACAGACUAUCUUGUCUAACCGUAUUUGCUAAUUUGCUACCUCACGGCUCACACGAAAUCGUUCAUAUAGAAACGUGAACUGUGAUCACACGCAAUGUCUCAUCACCGGAAUAUUGAUCAAGUUUCGAAGCGAUCACGGGAAUCAUGCCCUUUUGUGCUGGUAUUAUGUCCUUUAUUAUGCUUCAUAAAUCACAAGAGCGGCGCAAAAUAGAUAGUUUAAGUUAUGAUAAUGUAAAGUUGUGUACGCAAUUUAGUUGUUUGCGCUAGAAACAUCAUGAGUAAUGUGAGUAAUGAAAUAAUGCUGAAACGCGCCCUUUUGGCAGCCAGACAGGGAAACCUUAAAAUGCAUAUGUGUGGGGUCCGUGUGUUAUUGUAUAGAAGAGCUGUAUGUUGUAAUUGUAUUCAGAUCACUAGAUCAGUAGAGAAUAGAACUGGGAUUAGAUUAAUCGCUGGAAGCCGUUAGCAUUGCAUAAUAUAAGUACUACUACUACUACUAAAUUCAAACCAAAUUGCAAAUUUCGACACGUUAUAAUGCCGUUUCCUGACCAUCAGAUUUCUGUCAAAUCUCCCCCCAAAGUCCAGGAAAUGGCAUUUCAGAGACUCUAAAUUCAAAAAUUUUCCCGGGUGGCCUGCCCCCGGACCCCCCCCCCCUAGACAAACCUCGCACCUGCGACGCUCGUCUCGUGCCAAGCGAAACAUUAUAGGGGCACCUAUUUGUUGAUAAUGAUAGCCCACUGGCCUCCCCAGAAAAAUAGUACCCAGCACGCCACUGUCUAACAUGCUCUUUCUAGCUGUUGUGAUUGAUUUCAUUCUUAUUGCCUAGAUCAAAAUUUGUUCUACAAUGGGAAUUGUCUAUUGUAAUGUUACUCACAUAAUGAAUAAUUGUACAGUGCAAUAUUAGAUUUAAUUGAAAAAACUGUUUUGUAGUCGUUCAUUCCUUCUCAAAAGAUUGGAGAAAUACAAGACAAUUGUUACUGCCCGAUUUCCUCAGGACUAUCCAGUAAUGUUACUAUUUGAUAAUAUAAACAUUCACAAAGGGAAAUCUCGUUACCAAAGGAUUAAGCAAAGCAUGAUUCCAAUCAUGUGGAAUUUUACAGUGAGGGCAAUAAUGAAACCAAAUUUAAAGGAGUGUGAGACAUUAUGGAAGGAUCCAGCAACAGCAACACAGUCACAAGGAACUCUGGCAAACCUUCAAGUUCAUCAUCUUUUUCUAGGUAAGAUAACAUUAAUAUGUUAGUUCCUGGUAACUCUUCUGCAAUUUAUCACGUGUGCAUUACACACUGAUAAAUUGCUCAGUACUUUUAUAAUCAGGCGAGUAUAACAAGUUUUGUUAUAUAGUUAGUGUCAAAGUUCAAUUGUUUGCCGAUUGGUAAAAACCGUAUCACGUGGCGGUCCACAAAACGUCAUGUUCACUGCAUGCUUUGGCGAAGGGGCAACCUAUCAACAAUGAAACAAUUGUUGACCUGUCAUUAAUAGAAUGGGUACAGUGUGCAUGUGCGUCAAUCGUGAAGUUCCAAAGUUAAUUUUAUUAAACUUUUUAUUAAACUUUUUAUUAAACAUUUACGGCGUUCCACUUAUCUAGUUUUGGUUUCAAAUUCGCUGCAAUAACCGGUUAAUUAUUCAUACACUUGACACUUACAUAUAUACUAUAUAACAAAACACUUCUUUAAUGAGACAUCGGAAAAGCAGUGUGUUUUGUGGCACCUCUACCACAGUUGUUUCCCGAGGCAAACAACGGCGGUCUCGGGUCCACAAAACACACUGUUUCCCUUGGUCUCAGUAAAUUAGUGAUAAUUAUUAACCUUUUAAUUAGAUUCUGAAGAAAAUGAUGAUAUCAAGCUUUUGUAUGAUGAGGCGGCAGACAGAAUUAUUCUUGACUUGCUAGACUUUGGGAUCAAUCGCGUUAAUAUACCUGCAGAUUUAGAAAACAAAGGCGAGCAAGAAGUUUCUAUUUUACUAAAUAAUGAUUUGAACUCUAAUGAAAAACCAAAAUGUGAACUCGAAGUUCCGAGAAUAAACGAAGAGUAUGAGACAUCUUAUGAAAUGAAGGAUAUUUUUAUUCUUCCAAUGUCAUUGGCUGAUGAGGCUUACACAUGUGGUGAGGCAAUUAUUUACCGCCAGUUUUCUAAUGACUUAAAUCUAAAUAUAGAAAGGAAAGAAGAAUAUAUCUCCUUUGAUGACCGUCGGAAAGAAUACGAUCUUUCUAAUGCACGGGAAAGGUACAAAAUGUACAAGGAACUAGAAAUUCACGAGCAAGAAAUUGCCAUGCUUAAAGAAACAUUCAGUGCAGAGAAAGAGGUACCAGACAGUACUGAUAAUGUUCCUUGUAAUGAACGCAUUACAAAGUACAGACAAAUGAUCAGAAAACAAGAAAAAGACAUGAAAGAACUUGUUGAAUUGUUAUAUGAGGGGGUGCGUGAUCAACCAAUGCAACAAGCUAUAUCCUUCAUUAAAUCUCAUAGUGGAAUGUGGUCAACCUUUAGGGAUAAUUACAAUCGUUCAGUUCUACAUAUAUUUGUAGAGAGAGGGAACUUAAACGUUGUCGAGUCUCUUCUAUUAUGUGGUGCACACAUCAAUGAGGGUGAAGGUUGUGGGGUUACGCCUCUGAUGGUUGCAAUAAUGAAUCAGGAUAUUGAUAUGAUAAAACUGCUACUGAAGUACGAGGCGCGAGUACGGGGUUUAUUUCCUGGACAUCUUCCAACGCCUGUCCAAAUGAGCGAAAGACUGCAGCAGAAAGAAAUAUCAUCAAUUUUAAAAACAGUUUUCAAGCAGCAAGAAAUGCAAAGUAUGUCUCAUGCCAUAGAAUUUUUAAGUAUUACUGAAAUUGACACAGAUAUAUUAUCAGAAAAUGGUUGUGGUCAUGAUCAGAUACAGCUUACGCCAUCAUUAUCUAACGAGUCUUCCGAGUUUAGUAACCAACAGGAACAUAAAAUUAAGAGUCCACGUGACAGAAUUAUAACAAUUGGGGAUGUUAAAACAACUGUGACUACACGAGGAUUAAAAAAUCGUUCUCCUGACGAAUUUGGUGUAUUUGAGGAAACACCCGGGGACUUUCAUGCUUUAGCAUAUGUCAUGGAGUGCCUUGCAAAGAUAUUUGGGCCAGGAGGCUUUUACUACAUUGCUCGUCAUAUACUGGGAAGACUAAAAGUCACACCAACAUCUUUUGAAAAUAUGUUUAAGGAAGAGAAUUAUGAACGAAAUUAUGAGGCGCUCAUCAACUUCUAUUGGGGACUUGGUCUUGCUUUAGUUAAAAAGUUUGAACAAUCCAAAUUCUUUCCUGCAAAAGAAAUGAUACUUGUGUAUAAAGAAAAGAAUGAGGUGAAUGCGCUGAUACUAGGUUGUUUUAAAGAUUGGAUCCAAGAUCAGAGCAAAAAUGACAAAACAUUUGAGUUCUUUUCAACAUUCGUAACAGAAUACGGUUUGCUCUUGCAAAUACAUCAAGAAGCCGUUCGUCACGGAAAUGGCAAAAUCCGGGAGGCAUGUUGGAUGA